AUGAUCAGGUUGGCCUCUGAGGUUUCUAGUUCAGAAGAAUAUUAUCAAUUAGUGGAUGACAGUAUUAACACUUUAGUGGGCCACAUUGCAAAGCUUCGCUUACAAACAGAAGAUAAUGACAAGAAUAGGGAUGAUGGUGUAAAUAAGGUCGCUAAUCAGGGUACACAACCUAAGGGAUUCAAGCAACGACCAACCAUUAAGAGGAAAGGGGACAACUUCAUGAUACGAAUACUUCAAUCCUUGAUCAAGUUUGAUUACGAAAUUGCCAAAACUUCUUUUGUUUCAAAGCUAAAUAUAGAUAUUGUGACUGAAUACUCAAAGAAAGUGAGGGCAUUGGGUGUUACAAUCUUUGAGUUAUUGUCAAAGGCUCUUGGUCUUGAUCCAUCCUAUCUUAAAAAAAUGGAUUGUGCUGAGACACUUUUUAUUAUGGGUCAAUAUUAUCUAGCAUGCCCUGAACUUGAAUUAACACUAGGCUCUACAAAGCACAAUGAUAUGGACUUCAUGACAAUUCUUCUGCAAGAUCAGAUUGGUGGUCUUCAAAUUCUUCAUGAUAAUCACUGGAUUAAUGUUGCUUCUGUGCAUGAUGCACUUAUUAUAAACAUUGGAGAUCUUCUACAGAUAUUGUGA